AUGGCGCCCUUGAAAGUCCUCAUCGUUGGCGGAGGGGUCGCAGGCCCAGCUCUGGCCUUCUGGCUCUCACGCAUCGGUGCCAACAUCACCCUCAUCGAGCGCUCCCAGCAGAUGCGAGCGUCCGGCCAGCAGGUCGACAUCCGCGCCCAGGGGGUGGCCAUGAUGAAGAAAAUGGGCAUUGAGGCCGCCGUGCGAGCUGCAUGCGUCCACGAGCCCGGCGCCCAGAUCAUUGACCUGAAGGGCCGAGCCCAUGCGUUCUUCCCAGCCACCCAGACUGGCACCGGCAAGCAGAGUUUCACGUCCGAGUACGAGAUCAUGCGCGGCGAUCUGGUUCGGAUCCUGUACAAACUCACCGAGGGACGGCCAAACGUGCAACAUCUGUUCAACACCACCGUCGACAGUUUCACGCAGGAUGACGAGAGCGACCCGAACGGCAAGGUCCACGUGAGCUUCCGAGACGGCCGCAAGGAAGAUUUUGACCUCGUCGUCGGCGCGGAUGGAGCGGGCUCCAAGACACGGAGGAUAAUGCUGGGUCCAGAUGCCCCAGAGCCCCGGCACCCUCUGGGAGGUUAUAUUGGAUAUUUCAGCAUCCGCUCGACGCCGGCAGACUCAGAUAGGGCGACGUUCUGCCCCUUGCCAGGCCCUCGAGUGGCCCGCAUCAUUGGCACAAGGAAGGACUGCCCCGAGCUCACCCGCGUAUAUAUGAUUCUGCUUGGGAAAGACCCUGCCAUCGACGCGGCGUACAAAUCCGGAGAUCUGGCGGAGCUGAAGAAGGCCUGGGCUGAUAUGUAUCAAGGAGGAGGAUGGGAGUGCGACCGGUUUAUGGAUGCUCUGCGACACGCCUCCGAGGCAGACGACUUGUACUGCUCGCCGUUCGAGGAGGUUCGACUUCCCGAAGGGUCCUGGUCGAAAGGUCGAGCGGUGUUAAUCGGCGACGCGGCCCACUGCCAGACGGCUGGAGGCCUCGGAUCUACAUGGGGUCUAAUAGGAGCCUAUGUCCUGGCGGGCGAGAUCGCGACGCUGUACGAGAAAGACAAGUCUCUGCCGACGGCGGCGGUGGUGCAGGCGGCGAGGACGUACGAGGAGAAGUUCCGGCCCGCAGCCACGGCGACGCACGGCGGCAGCGAGGGAUUCAGUCACCUCUUUCCCAGGUCGAGCAUCGGGAUUUGGAUCUUACUUCUGCUCGCGAGGCUAGCCGCGUACUUUCGAAUCGAUCAGAAGUUCGGCAUGUUCGGCGAUACGUGGGAGUGGCCGCUUCCAGAGUAUCCUGCCUUGGAAAGGGCACAGACUGAGGACUGA